AUGAAUUUACUCCUUUCCGACGACUAUCUGCUGCAGGAUUACCCUGAAAACAUCACCAACACCAUCCGGUCCGGUCACUCAACAUGCCUCCGGUUCAAUCGCAAAGGCGACUACCUCGCUUCUGGUCGCGUCGACGGGACCGUUCCUGUCAAGGCUGGAAGGCUAUCCUAUGGGAUCUCCAAGAUGGCAGCCGGUAUCGUGAGGUUCGAUUUCGGGCGCCAGCAUAUAUCGCAGAGCUCCAUCCAUGGAACCCAUGUCGGUCGUAGUCACCAGUUUGUCGUCUCCCUCUUUGACGAACAACCACUCCUUGUCGACGUCACGGAACCGAUCGACGUCAAACACGUCCUCCCUUCCUCUCCGAAACGAACGAACGUCGAGAACGAUACUGCGCUAAAAGAAAAACAAGCGAAAGAGGACGCGAAGCAGAUGACGACAGUUACAAUAUUUACGUCGAGUGGAGACCACAUUAUAGCGGGUACAACAAAAGGUCGGCUAAAUAUCAUCGACGCGAAGACACGAGAAAUAAUCUUUUCCAACAAAAUUUCCGGCUCUGUCAUCACGACUCUAAGAAUCUCCGGCUCGGGCAAGGAGUUGCUGGUCAACGCGCAGGACCGCAUAAUCAGGACCUUUCUCGUCCCGAAUCUCUCGGCUGAGAAUCUCGAUCUCGACACCAUCCAACUACCCCUCGAGCACAAAUUCCAGGACGUUGUCAACCGCUUAUCAUGGAACCACGUCACCUUUAGCUCGACCGGCGAGUAUGUCGCUGCCUCGACAUACAACAACCACGAAUUAUACAUCUGGGAGAGAAAUCACGGAAGUUUGGUCAGGAUGCUCGAAGGUCCGAAAGAGGAACAAGGCGUUAUCGAGUGGCAUCCACACAGGGCGCUGCUCGCCGCUUGUGGUUUGGAAACUGGCCGCAUCUACAUUUGGUCUGUCACGAGCCCGCAAAAGUGGUCAGCACUCGCACCUGAUUUCGCCGAAGUCGAGGAGAAUGUAGAGUAUAUCGAGAAGGAAGACGAGUUCGACAUAUACGCGCAAGAGGAGAUACAUCAGCGGCGGCUAGAUGCCGAGGACGAGGAUGUGGAUGUGCUGACAAAGGAACCGUCAAAAGUGGACGAGGAAGACGAGGAUACUUUCCGAAUGCCUAUCCUAUUCAACCUCGGGGAAAGUGAUAGCGAGGAAGAGUUUAUAGCUGUCUCCACUGGCACAAUGCGGCGUAGGAGCCCUGGAGAAGGCCAAGGAGAGAUUUCACUCAAUGGGAUCGAGGAAAAGGCACUGGUCCCCAAGCGAGGAACAGGAAGAGGAAGGAGUAAGAAAAAGUAG